CAUGGCGCCUCACCUGCUCCUCUGAGGCCAUCAUGGCUCCGAGGAGCUCCUGCGAACCUGAACGGAGGCAGAAAGCAGGAAGUGAUCAGAGGAGACCAGCAGCUGGACGCUGAGCUCCCUCACUCUGACCUGACAUCAGCUCAACACAUGCUAACGGCUAAUGCUAACCAUUAGCCGACAUCAGAGGGGGAUUCUCUGCUGACGUCACUGCCGUACCUGACCACCACGUCCGCCGCGAGACCCGCUUUAGUAGCAGCGAAGUUGGAAAGAAGCUGCAUGGAGGCGGAAAUACGAUCAUUUUAAAGAUAUAAGGAGAAAUAAUUCAUAGCACCUCAGAUGGUCACCAUGGCGACCAUUCUCCCUGUCAUCUGCUCUCUGCUCUUCGCUGCCCUGGAUGGCGUCAUCAGCACCGUCCUGUACACCAUGGGGACCCCACCGUCCACCUUCACACGAGAUGUUCUGGACUUUAACAUCCUGAGCUCAGUCCUGGACCUGUGGGGGACGGUGCUGCUCCGAGGGGCCCUCCUCCUGGGCGCCUCCAUGGGGGUCUCAUGGAACAAGGAGGAGGGCCCUCAGAGGGUCGCCCGGGUCGCCACCGUCGUUCUGCUCCUCUGCAUGGUUAUCAUCACCUACGCCUUAACCAAGCUGCUGAUGCUGAGCGAGCUGGAGGGGCCCCUGAGCCAGCGGCCGUGGCCCCUGAGCCUGAUCGCUUGGACCUGCGCCUCCUCACUGGCUGUGGUGAUGCUUUGGAAGCAGCUUGGGAGGAUCUGCAGCUCUGAGAGCCGGCGGGCCGUCAGCAACAGCCUCGGUGGAGGAGGACGGGUCUCUGAGGACACAGAGAAGCUGGUGGAGGCAGCUGAUGAAGAGGAGGAGGAGGGAGGAGGCAGGAAGGAGGAGGCAGGAGGCAGGAAGGAGGCGAGCAGCUCUAGGGCCACACUGGGACGGCUGCUCAGCUACUGCAGGAAGGAUUCAGGCCUCCUUUCUGUAGCCGUCCUCUUCCUGCUCAUCUCUGCAGUGUGUGAGGCCUUCAUUCCUUUCUACUACGGGAAGGCUAUAGACGGCAUCGUGGUUCAUCAGAGCAUGGAGUACUUUGCUAAACCCGUGGUUGCAGUGGCGUUGCUGGCUUUGGUCAGUUCGUUUGCCAUGGGCGUGCGAGGAGGAGUCUUCACCCUGACAUUUGCCAGAUUAAACCUCCGGCUCAGGAGCCGCCUCUUCAGAACCCUGAUGACGCAGGAAAUCGCCUUUUUUGAUGAAAACCACACCGGGGACAUCCUGUCACGCCUGUCAGCGGACACCACCCAGGUGAGCGACCUCAUCUCCCAGAACGUCAACGUCUUUCUGAGGAGCGCCAUCAAGGGCACCGGCUUCGUCAUCUUCAUGUUCAGGAUGUCCUGGAAGCUCACACUGGUCACCAUGAUGGCCUUCCCUUUCAUCGGCCUCGUCUCUAUGCUUUAUGGUGAAUAUUACAAGAAACUGACCAAAGAGGUGCAAACGGUCCUGGCAGAGGCUAAUAAGGUAGCAGAGGAGACCAUCUCAGCCAUGAGGACGGUGCGCAGCUUCGCCAAUGAGGGCGGGGAGGCCGACUCCUACUACGCCAAGCUGCUGCUCAUGUUCCAGCUCAACAAAAAGCAGGCCCUGGCCUACGCCUGCUACAUGUGGUCCAGCUGCAUAUCAGAGCUGGCUCUGGAGGUCGCUGUCCUCUACUAUGGAGGCCACCUGGUGCUCACCAAUCAGCUGAGCAGCGGCGGCUUGAUCUCCUUUUUCAUUUACAUGCUGGAGCUGGGCGAAUGUUUUGAGAGCAUCGCCUCGGUUUACACCGGCCUCAUGCAGGGGGUGGGAGCUGCAGAGAAGGUGUUUGAGUAUCUGGACAGGAAGCCUGAACAUCCAGCUGAGGGCACAGAGGCUCCAGACACCUGUGCUGGUCUGGUGGAGUUCAAAGACAUCACCUUUGCUUAUCCAACGCGUCCAGAGAUCGACGUCCUAAAGGAAGUGUCCUUCACUCUGCGGCCGCGGCAGGUGACCGCCUUGGUGGGGCCGUCCGGCAGCGGGAAAAGCUCCUGCGUGAGUCUGCUGGAAAAUUUCUACCUUCCUCAGCAAGGCCAGGUGCUGCUGGAUGGAAAGCCUGUUCAUGAGUUUCAGCACCAGUAUCUGCACUCCAAGAUUGCCCUGGUGGGCCAAGAACCCGUCCUGUUUGCCCGAACCGUCAGGGAGAACAUCACCUACGGACUGAGUGACGUCUCCAUGGAGGCCGUGGUGCAGGCCGCCACCAAGGCUAACGCUCAUGACUUCAUCAGCAGCCUCCCCAGAGGCUACGAGACGAGUGUCGGGGAGAAAGGCAUGCAGUUGUCUGGGGGACAAAAACAGAGGGUGGCUAUAGCAAGAGCUCUCAUCCGCCAACCCCGGGUCCUCAUCCUGGACGAGGCUACCAGUGCUCUGGAUGCUGAGAGCGAACACAUUGUCCAGCAGGCUUUGAACAACAUCAUGCAGGAGCACACGGUGCUGGUGAUCGCCCACCGCCUCAGCACAGUGGAAAAGGCAGACAACAUCAUCGUGAUCGACCGGGGCCACGUGGCGGAGCAGGGCUCCCACGCUCAGCUGAUGGCCGGCGGCGGCCUCUACUGCAAGCUGGUGCAGAGGCAGGUCCUGGGCAUCGAGACCGGGGCGGAGAUCCUAAACCCUUCAGAGAGCGUCCGCCGCACGACUGACGGCCGGCGCCGGCGGAGGGGGCAAAGCAGCAGCAGCAGCGGGAGCGAGUCAGAGUACAACAUGCGUUACUAAGACCGCUGCCGAGAGGAAACGUAGUCGCAUGAAGGAUAACCUAAGCUACUGUCACAGGAAGAGGGAGGAAACAAGCAGCUUCCAUUAAAAUCCUGAGUGGACUGGAACAGAGAUGGAAUGGAACGCUGCUUUAGAAGCUCGGUGGCGUUAAUAAAUCAAUCAAUGGUUCAUUACCGGGCUUCUGUAGAAACCUGUUUAUAUAUUGAGCUGCAUCCGAUCACAGAUGCUUGUUUCAAACUGUUUAUACUUGAAGGCAUCACAAAGCUGCAAUGGAUGCACUCUAGAUAUCAGCUUUAAAGGCAGAGAUAAGCUGCAGUCAGUUCACUGUUUGUGGAUGAUACCUCAACAUGCUGCCUAAGCGCUGUUUUUUUUUCUCAUGCAAAUUUUAUUGAGUUUUUUGGUUUGUAAAACAUACAACAGAUAUGUUAUGCCACACCGACCUUUUCAAGUUUACUUUACCGUUAGCCAGUUGAGAAAGGCAGACCACGUACUAUCAUACUGAUGCAUUUUACCUAGAAGACUGUAUGUCACUUUCUCAUAAGAAGCCAGUUUAAAGGAAUAGUACACCUAAAACAUGAUUAGCCUUCA